CUAACCCCUAGCCCAUCAAAUUAACCCUACCCUACAUGCAAAAUGUAAGCUUACACGUUAAGUUAUCUAUUAAAACGGGUAUAGUUCUUGCUGAUAUUUCUAACUCUACAUCUUGUUUCAACAAUUCGACAAGAUGUCAAUGCUGGCCGAAAGAAAACGGAAACAGAAAUGGUCUCUUAACCCAAGAGGAAAAGAAUGGUCCCAAGAUACUAAUAAGUUUGGCCAAAAAAUGUUGGAGAAAAUGGGCUGGCAACACGGAAAAGGUCUGGGAGCCAAGGAAAGUGGCAUAACGGAGCACAUUAAAAUAUCCUACAAAAAUGACAGUAAAGGUAUGGGUUACAAGGAAUCCAACGAUCAAUGGACAGAGCAUGAAACCAAGUACAGCGCCCUGCUUGAAUCACUAACGGGAGACAGCGCUAAGUUGGAGGCAGUCAAAGUAGACUCGUUAGAGAAGAAAUCCCAGUCCUCCAGAGCAAGGGUGCACUACCACAAAUUCACCCGUGGCAAAGAUCUCAGUCGAUACUCGGAGAAGGACCUGGCAAACAUAUUUGGCAAAAAGUCUCUCAAAGAAGUAAAGACUGAAAAACCUGUUGAAGUAGAAAACGACUCUAAAGACAACAAGUCUGGAUUUCUUUUCAACGGAGGUUCCAUGAGGGAUUACUUCAAGAAGAAGCUACCAGGCUUAGGAAAAAGUAACAGAUACACAGUGGGCAAUAAUGGUGUGCUGAAAAAGGCUGAUGAAACCGAGUCAGAAGGUGAAUGCAGGCCAAGUUUUGGUUUCGGCUUCAAAAGUGAAAAGACUUCUGAAGAGGUGGAUAAGCCCACGUUUGUAUCAUAUAUUAAAGAGGAAGCACCUACCAAGAGAAAGGCUCAAGAGACGAUCGAGGAUAUGGUGUUUUCACCCAAGAAGAAGUCUAAGAAAGACAAGAAGCCAAGAGACAAAGAAGAGAAUUUGGGAUUGUCCAACCCCUCCUUCAACCCUCUAGCUACCCCUGUACAAAUACAGAAGCAUGUGCUGGAACCCAUUGAGGAAAACUUGUCUGAGGAAACCGUGGAAGAGGCAUCUGUUGAAAAUGUGAAGGAAAAGAAGAAGAGGAAAAAUGUCAUUGAACAAUCUGAGAAUACAUCAAGCUAUGAAAGUCCUAAGAAAAAGAAAAAGACUGAGGUAGAAGGCUCAGUCAACCCUAUUCUUCAUGAAGGUAGUGCUAAUUGCGAAGGGGUAGAGAACAGUUAUGAAGUUAAGGUUAAAAAGACGAAAAAGAAGAAGGGGCUUAAAAAUGGUGUAGAAUCUGUCCAAGUCAAGCCUGGAGCAGAAGGAAGUGAAAAAGAAAACCAUUUGGUAUUUGAUAAUCCAAAUUUCAAUGAAGCUGAUGAUAGUUUAAAUCAAAAAGAAACUGAAGAGAACACCUACGAGUUGAAGUUGAAAAAGAAAAAGAAGAAGAAUAAAAAAACUCUAGAUGAAACUCCCGAUUUGGAGAACACUGAAGAAAAUUCAAGUGCGUAUCAAAUUGAAAAUGGUUCUGCUGAAAAUCCGGGGAAAAAGAAAAAGAAGAAGAAAACUCUAGAUCUUGAACAUUCUGACCUUAACGACUUGCAGGAAAGUUUGUCAGAUAUAUCAAAGCAUGUUGAGAAAAAGAAGAAGACCAAGAAUGGCAAUUUGGCGAUUGAUAACCCAUGUUUCAAUGUCUCUGAAGAAAGUUUCACAGACUUAUCACAUAUUGAAGAGAACCCACAUGAAAUUAAGAAGAGGAAAAAAAAGAAACUGGCUCUUGACAAUCCCAGUUUUGAUGAUGCACCAGAAACCCAAGCAGAAUCAUCAGAAAACCCUUACGAAAUCAAAGUUAAGAAAAAGAAGAAGAAAAAGUCAAAGAAUGAUACUGUUGAUGCAGAACCAAUAUCGAAUGUGGACUCGGAGAAGGGAAUCGCUAACCCUGCACUGUGUAUAAACGAUUCUAUCGACAAAUCCAUCGUAAUGGAAGACUUGGAUUUGAUACUGAAUAUAGUCUCGACCCCGGAGACUAAGAAAGAUAUAUCCACUGCUUUAGACAGUGAGCCUAGAACAGGUGGAGUGAGUAGGAGGAAGAGUGUGAGGUUUAGUGACAUCACACAGGAACGAAUCAUUCCCAGCAAGGAAGAAAUGAAAGAGCUGUACCGAAACGACCCAGCGGAUGAGAAAAUUAAGAAAAAACGCAAAUAUGGUGUUGACAAUCUCAAUUUCGAUAAACAGAAAGCCAGCUUGGAUGAGAACUUGGAUAGCAUCGCAAAAACCCUUGACACGUUCCAGGCGGAGAUCGACAACGACAUCAACGAGGAGAAGGUCAAGGCCAUCACCAUGGAAGAUGUAAUGGUGGGGGAAGUGGGGUCACCAGACGGGGAAAACGAGGAGCUGCCAGGCGGGACUAGGUUGAAAUUCAAGUAUGCUAAUUUGAAUUCAAAGACACCACUGUACCAUCUGAAUUCAACCGGUCCAAAAAAGUCGUAUAAACAUUUGAUAAAAGGGGACAUUAUGGUCAUGUUUGAUGGUACGAAUUUGCACGAAGUGGAGGGGUAUGCAGUCAAGGAGAAGAGAGAGGAGGGGGGAAUGUAAUUGUUUUAAAGUAGUUUUGUUAUUAAUAAAAAAGAUUGUUUUAGAAUUA